CACACUUCCUUGACAUCGACUACAACGUUGCAGCAUUCAAUCGCCAAGCUAGAUCCAGAGGCCUGUCACCGCUACUAGCAGUGACAUGUGUGGACAAGACGAUAUAAAACUCGAUGCAAGUGUUCGGUGAUAAUGGCAGAAAAGAUGCCAUACCGAUCUCGGCCUGGAGCUGGCCCUGGGGACGGCGAUGAUCCUGCUCGAAUGGAUGAUGAGAACGAAGAAGAUGAAGAGAUCGAUGAGACUGGCUACAAGACCGUCAAAGAUGCCGUGCUGUUCGCCAUCGAAGUCAGAGACUCUAUGCUUCAAGCUCCCUCUCCAACGGGCUCCAAGAAAGAUGAUCUCAGCUCGCCUCUUCUAGCUGCCUUGAAGUCGGCCUUCCAAUUGAUGCAGCAACGUAUCAUUUCCAAUCCCAAGGACUUGAUGGGCAUCCUAUUGUAUGGCACCGAGACGUCCAAAUUUUACGGCGAGGACGAGAAUUCUCGUGGUGGCUGGUCUUUCCCCCAUUGCUAUCUUCUGACCGACCUAGACGUCCCCGAAGCCCAAGAUGUCAAAGCCUUGAAAGAUCUGACCGAAGCAGAGGACCCAGAAAGUCAAGAAAUCUUCAAGCCUGCCAAAGAAUCUAUCUCGAUGCACAGCGUCUUGUUUUGCGCCAACCAGAUCUUCCAGCAAAAGGCCGCCAACUUCUCCUCCCGCCGCUUGUUCAUCAUCACUGACAAUGACGACCCUCACGCAAAGAACGAGAAAUCACGUUCUCAGGCAACAGUCAGGGCCAAGGACUUGUAUGACUUGGGAGUAGUUAUUGAGUUGUUUCCCAUAUCCACCCCUAAACAUGCCUUCAACACAAAGCUUUUCUAUGAUGACAUUGUCUACAAAGCUUCACCUUCGGAUCCCGACGCGAUUGCUUACAAUCCUGCGUCAAUCAACGAUCCUGACGGCUCUAAGCUCAUUGCCGGAUCCAAUGAUGGCAUCUCUCUUCUCCAAUCUCUCCUAUCCACAAUCGCCUCAAAGGUUACCCCAAAGCGUGCUCUGUUCUCCGCAGUGCCUUUGGAAAUCGGUCCCAACCUGAAGAUAUCAGUCAAAGGAUAUCUGUUGUAUAAACACCAGAAGCCUGCUCGAAGCAGCUAUAUCUUUCUCGGCGCCGAAAAACCACAAAUUGUUAAAGGGCACGCCGAACAAAUUGACGAAAGUGGAGGUGCUGUGCAGAAAGUGGAGAUCAGGAGGGCGUACACCUUUGGUGGUGAGAAGAUUACCUUCUCCGACGAGGAGGCAAAGCAGCUUCGAAACUUUGGGGAUCCUGUUAUCCGAAUCAUAGGCUUCAAACCAAUGGACAGAUUGCCGAUGUGGGCCAACAUCAAGAACUCGACGUUUCUCUACCCUUCAGAAGAAGAUUUCGUUGGAAGUACCCGGGUCUAUAGCGCGCUGCAUCGCAAGCUAUCCAAAGAUAGUCUGUUUGGAUUGACGUGGUUCAUCCCCCGCCGAAAUGCAACUCCAGUGAUGGCAGCUUUAAUUCCGACCUUGCCAGCACAAGGGUCUGAUUCAAAGACAAAUCCUGGGGCACUUUCUGCUAGUGGCGCUCCCCAAGGUCUACAUCUUAUUCCUCUGCCAUUUGCAGAUGAUGUCCGACAAAACCCACCGACCCUUCAUGAACCACCACUACAGGCACCGGACGAGCUUGUCACUGCCAUGAGGCCUAUCAUUCAACAAUUGAAUUUACCCAAAGGCGUGUACGAUCCUACCAAACAUCCAAACCCCAGCCUUCAGUGGCAUUACAGAAUAUUGCAAGCAUUAGCUUUGGACGAUGAACUUCCUGAGAAGCCCGAGGAUAAGACUACUCCCAAGUACAGACAGAUUGACAAAAGAGUUGGAAAUGAAACAAUCGAAUGGGGCACGAUUUUGGAGGGCUGUUUCAAAAACUAUCAAUCAGAGAAUCCACAUGCGAUUGCGCCAGGUUCGAAGAGGCCAACUAAUGGCGCAGGCGGAGGAUCGAGUGCACCAAGUAAAAAGGUCAAAUCCGAGGCCGGAGAAGGCAUGACCGAAGCCAUGAUUCGAGACUUGUGGCAGAAAGGUCAACUCGGCAAAUUGACAGUGGCAGAACUGAAAGAUUUUGCUGCUUCGAAAAAGAUCUCGGUGUCUGGAAAAAAGGCAGAGAUUGUAGAACAGGUGGAGGGCUGGCUGGAAAGGAAAUGAGGACGCAACAUGUGUUUGUGUUAUGAUUGUACCAAUAACUCUA